AUAGAUAUUUAAAAAAAUACUUUUUAAACAGCUGAGUUCGAUCAACUUGGCUCGUUAAUUUUCUUUUCGUCUAAGUUUUGCAUCAGAUAACCUCGCAAUUCCUUUAGAAUUCUUCCUUAUCUCUAAAAAUACUACUGUUAAAUUUCUAAAACUUUUCAUAUCAUAACCACGGUGUUCGAGAGAUUCGCAAUAUUUGUGCGUGGUUAAAUAUGGAUAAGACUUUUCGUUCAGUGCGAGCAUUUAGCCGGGUUUUUAGAAGGCCUAUUACGAGUUAUAGAAAUACUUCCAGCGCUCCUGUUCCAGAUGAAGAAACAAAUUUAGAGCUUCUGACUUCGUAUAAUCAAGAUAUAAAAGCUGGUGGCGUAGUGCCUGUAUUUCGCCGCGCUCUGCUGUUCCCCAAUAGAGUGGCAGUCCAAGAUGAGGUGGGCAUCUACACAUAUUCUGGCCUGUAUCAAGCAGCCGCAGACGUUAGUAAGGAGAUCGCAAGUCAAUUGUUGGGUGAAACAGGACAAGCGAUAUCAUAUAUGUGCAGCAAUGACUCGACACACAUCAUCGUGCAGUGGGCAAUUUGGAUGACUGGCAAUAUUGCUGUUCCACUGACACCUCUGCAUCCGCCAGAAAUGCUAAAAUACUUCAUCGGAGACAGUCAGUCCGCUCUAGUCGUCUGUUCACAGGAGUAUGAGGAUAUAUUAACACCAAUUGCCAACGAGCUAUCGAGGUACCUCUUAGUGACCACCAAAGUAAAACAAAUCAAAGCUCAAUUGUACAUGUCCAAUGAGGUUUCCAACAAAUGUGAGGAUGUCGGCAGAAGCAACGCCUGGUACGGGGAUAACGAGGCGCUUAUUAUUUAUACUAGCGGUACAACAAGCAAGCCGAAGGGUGUGAUCUGGACUCACAGCAUGCUGAGCACGCAGAUAGCGGCGCUCCACACCGCGUGGCAAUACAGCGCCGGGGACGUGGUGCUACACACGUUGCCCCUACACCACAUACACGGACAACUCAACUCUGUCAACGCGUCACUUGCUGCUGGAGCAAGAAUUCGAAUGCUAUCGUCAUUCGCGUCGCACACAGUCUGGGCGCGUUUACUCGGCAUGGGCGAGCGAGACGAGACCAAAGUGACUGUGUUCCACGGCGUGCCGGCGAUGUAUGCGCGGCUCGCCGCCGACCACGGCAGGAUGUUCCCCGACGCUAAGACUGCGCAGUACGUGCGGCACACGUUGGCGCGCAUGCGGCUCAUGUGCGCCGGCUCCGCGUCGCUGCCCACCUCACUGUUCAACAAGUGGGAGGAGAUAACCGGAAUCCGUCUUCUAGAACGCUACGGCAUGUCGGAAGUAGGCAUGGCGCUGAGCAACCCCUACCGGCCGGUGGAGCAACGGACCGUGGGCUGCGUGGGUCUACCGCUGCCUGGAGUCGCGGCCAGGAUUGCUACGCGGGACCCGAAGUCGGGAAAGUUGGAGCCCCUGGUUACCGUCGAAACUCCGCUCACUGAUAUGCAGAUAUCUCUUAACCGGCUAGGUAUAGCUUCAAAGGACUACUUCGCCGAGACGAAAUGGGAAGAGCCAAAGAUAACGCGACACAAGGAGCCUACAGACGGCGCCUACCAAGGUGAGCUGCUGCUUCGGGGACCUGCUGUAUUCUCCAGGUACUGGAACCGCGCUCCCAAGCUGGAUGACUCUGACUUCAUAGACGAGUGGUUCCGCACGGGCGACACGGUGUCCUUCGAAGACAACCGCUUCCGCAUCCUUGGACGCACCUCCGUCGACAUCAUCAAGACCAGCGGGUACAAAGUUAGCGCUCUUCAGGUCGAAUCAGCAAUGCUUGAGCAUCCAAACAUAGCAGACGCGGCUGUAUUGGGCGUGCCAAACGAACACUCCGGAGAGAUCAUCGCGUCGAUCGUAGUUCUAAAAGACAAGCAAAUCAAAUUGACUUUAAAAGAUCUCAGAGACGACCUCGGGAAAAGAUUAGCCCCAUACCAGCUGCCGAAGACUUUGCUAAUAGUCGACGAAAUGCCCAGAAACGCUAUGGGGAAGCUUGACAAGAAAGAAAUUAAGAAGCUGUACGGGAAGGAAUUGGUUUUGGAGAAGUGAUUUUGAGUCUUAACACUGGCAGGUAAACAUUUCAAUUUCAAUAAUAGCCAUUUCAGACGCAACGCGACAUAACCCAAUAGAAGGACGUCUAGAUACCUUGUGUUUUUCUACACUCAAAUUUUUCAUUCGAGUUGGUAAAAUUACAAUUUUUUAGGGCAUUUUACGGCAUAAUUUUCACAAUAUACAUCACAAAAUAACAAAUAAAGGUCUUUAAGGGACUUUCCAGGCUAGGUUCCACAAAAAAGAAAAACAGAUAGCGAUGUACAAUUUUUCUAAUAGUUUAACCUUCUAACUUCAUGGAUAACAGACAUGCAUCUUUUAUCUUUGUUUUUGGGUAUAAAUGAUGACCCUUGUUAUUACACCGAGGCACAACCGCACAAUACAUCCACCAUUCCACCCAUAAUUAUUGUGAUCAAAAUAAAGAGAAGCAAUAUAGGUGGUAAUAUAAUUCUAUACAUAAUGUAAUUCAAAUAUCAAGCAACAAUUAUUUUUAUUAUUAUUUAUCUUUAUAUAUUUAUAAUUCUCUCCGAAGAGGUUCAAGUCGCACGGGCCGUAGCCAAGUGCUUUUAUUGUUUCAGAGAUAAAAACUUCCUUACGAUGCGGCAUGUAUUUAGAAUUACUGCUUUUUGAAGAAGCGUGAGUGUGGAUGGAUGCAUGUUGAGAGUUUGGAGACUAGUGUGGAGUGUUUUAGGUAUGACGCCUGUGGUGGAAACAACGAUGGGUACCGUUUUAACAGUUCUUACUUGCCACUGUGUUUGGAUUUCUAUAGCAAGGUCGGUGUAUUUGGCAAUUUUUUCAGCAUGUGUAGUAAGUAGUUAUUAUUAUUAUUAUUUAUUUAUUUAUAAAGGUACAUACAACAUUACAGUGUAACCCAAUGCGCUGUAUGACGAGAAAAAAGAAUUUAAUAUAUUUAUAUAUGCUUCUGCGAUUACAUUGUAUUUUUAAACUAGAGUACCUAAUAAGAAAAUAGAUAAAUAUCACGCUUAAUCUUUCGAACGCCGGAACGCAGAUCUCGACCAGACACAAUGUAAAAUCUAUUGUGUCUGGUAUCUCGGCAUAUGAGAGGUUAAUCUGAACAGCGCCAUCUAUAUAAUUUCCAAACAGUUUUUUGGGAAAAGUAUUUUAGAAGGUUCUAUUCCGCGUUACUUGUCGCGUUGCGCCUGCCAUUCUAGUACAGUGCAGCUAAUUUUUACCCAACUGUAGCGAAGCAAAAAGGGCUAUGUGUUUUUAUAAAUACGUACAAUUAGAUGUUUAGUUUAUUAAAUUGGAACAGGGGAAAUAUAAUGGAUUAAUGAAUGAUUGAUAGUGGGAUGCCAAAUAGAUAUUUUAUGCGUAAACUCUUGUAAUAAAGUUAUGGAAAAGUUAUUCAAAAAUCAAAUCAACAAAAUAUUGAUUUACCAAAAAUCAAUACUAUCCUCGUGUUUGAGACUACUUUCACACCCCGGAGACUUCAUACAAACAACCUCGUUUUACACAGACACUACACACUGACGGUAUUGUACGCAUCUGUGUGUGUGAUGUCUGACGCCAUAUUAUGAUUCAAGUCUAAACUGUGUUCGAGGGGGGGGGGUGAGGUAAACCUAGCUCAGACGCUGGUGGGGGGCGGGGAGUUGCCGUUCUAUACGUAGGUAGUAUUAUUCCUUAUUCUAUACUACUUUUAAGCAAAUAUUUACUUGUGUUAGUAGCCCCGAUCUUCUAUGUGAUACAUUGGUAAUCGAAAUCGAAAAUAAACGUAAAAGAAGUACAAAAUGAAUAAACAAUAAAAUAAAAAUUAAAAAAAUAAUAUACCAAAAAAGAGGAACAUUAAAAACAAGUGGUUAUGUGUGUAAACUUAAGAUCUAUAUUAGUUGUGUUAAGAGUUGUUAAUAUAAUUAAUGUAAUAUCGAUUGAUGGCUGUUUGGAACGGAUAGUGAGAAAUACAGACUUGGAGGGGGCAAAUCGUAGAUGACUUUGCAAACUGACGUAUCUGCAAUAGUUUUGCCAAAAAAAAAAUGUUUUAAGUUUACGCGGUUAUUUAUCAUAAUUACUGUUGCAAGUGCCAUGAUCACGGGAUGACUGAUGAGAUUGGAGUGGAAUCAAAUACAUAAACAAGCGGCAAAGAAAGAGGGUAGACAUGUCUUGCCCGUAGAAAAUUAUGGAUCUACCUACUCCACUCCAAUCUCAUCUGUCAUCCCGUGAUCAUGGCACUUGCAACAGUAUCGAAUUAUCGGGAGUCUCAUAACAUACAUAACAUAAACAGCCUAUAUACGUCCCACUGCUGGGCACAGGCCUCCCCUCAAUCAACCGGAGGGGGUAUGGAGCAUACUCCACCACGCUGCUCCAAUGCGGGUUGGUGGAGGUGUUUUUACGGCUAAUAGCCGGGACCAACGGCUUAACGUGCCCUCCGAAGCACGGAAUCAUCUUACUUUUUCGGACAAUCAGGUGAUUCAAGCCUGAAAAGUCGGGAGUCUCAUAUCACUGUUUUAGACGCGGUAAGAACCCAUUGUUAUGUGUUUUGAUUAAAAAAAAAUUGUCUCUUAUUGACAAUAGCAGAAGGUGCAAAUCAGAUUCGCCAGAAAACCCACCCUAGACCACAACGUCACUUACCAUCAGGUGAGAUUGUGGUCAAACGCGAUAUAUGUAUGUAUAUUUAAAAAAAAGACGUAAGAGAUAAGUAACGGAAAACCGAACAAUUUAUCUGCGCCAAUAGAAGAGUUUUGACGCUUCCAAUCGCUUCACUGACUGAAUUUAUAUGUGCCUUGUAUAUAUAAGUGCAUACCUACAACGGUGCUGAUUCCAGUACUUUGGUACCAUGUCACAUUAACUUUUUUGACAAAUUGAACUAUAAGUCUCACUAAAUGUCAAAUAUGUUAGUGCGACAGAGUCCUAAAGUGGGUAGAUUAUAUUGCUCAUGACUGUACUUACUGAUAUAUUGAAUAUAUGUAUAAUGUUGAGUUUAAUAAGAUAAACGAAUGAACGAUAUUUAUUAAUAGACAAAAGUGCAGCUUUGAGCAUUACCAACCACAAUGAGAGGGACUAAUUAUCAAAAUAAUUGAAUGAGUGCAAAGCGCUCCUUAUUAACCACUUACCCGUAAAGCGGUGUGCGGUGAAUUAAAUGUUUUAUCUAUAUUUUUAAUAAGUUGUUUAGUUUUAGAAUUUUAGAAUAAUUCGUUGUACCAAGUUUUAUUCCUUUGACUGAAUAUGUCUUAAGUUGUUGCUAAUUAAAUAAAAUAUAUUGUUGAAUCAUUGUGUUUAUUUUUU